CUCACUCACUCCUCUACAUAUAGAGACCAAAGAACUCACAAGACAACUCACUCCUACAAAACUAAACGUUUUCUUUUCUCAUAGCAAGCAAAAAAUCAUGGCAGAAGCGUCUACUUUGGUGGGGAAGCUUGAGACAGAUGUGGAGAUCAAAGCUUCUGCUGGAAAGUUCCAUCACAUGUUCGCAGGAAGACCACACCAUGUGUCCAAAGCAACUCCGGGCAACAUUCAGAACUGUGAGCUACAUGAAGGCAACUGGGGCAAAGUCGGUUCAGUCGUCAUCUGGAACUACGUUCAUGAUGGAGAGGCAAAGGUGGCUAAGGAGAGGGUCGAGGCGGUGGAGCCAGAGAAGAACCUGAUCACGUUCAGGGUUGUAGAAGGUGAUCUGUUGAAAGAGUACAAAAGCUUUGUGAUCACAAUCCAGGUGACCCCUAAGCAUGGAGGGCCUGGUAGUGUUGUGCACUGGCACCUUGAGUACGAGAAAAUUAGCGAUGAGGUUGCUCACCCUGAAACCCUCCUCCAGUUCUGUGUUGAAAUCUCAAAAGAGAUCGAUGAACAUCUCUUGAACGAAGAAUAGAGGAUUACUCCUCGUGUGUAUGCGUGGCCUCUUUUAAGUAUCUGAAACUGAAUUAAAUAAUGUGCCGUGUCCUAGUUUGGGUAGAGAUAUAUGUUGGCGUGUGUGUGCACAAUAGUAUGGUGGAGAUAUAUUUGAAGUUCUUAAUUUGAA